AUGCCCUUGCCUCGACGGCUUGAACCUCCGACCCUAGACAACCCCAAGGCAUAUGCGUUUUGGAUUCGACCGGAUGGCGAGGACUCGGAGUCGGAGCCUUCACGUCAGAUCUAUCCAUCGAUGGGCUUGCCCAAAGCCCUAGGUUCUGCAGGCUCCCAGUAUCCGGACAGUUCACCUAAGGCCCUGUUACUACCGACAAAGUACUGCUCAGCUUCAGCUUUUCACGCGGCUCCACCACCAACACCCAACCCAAGCGAUGACAAUUUCCAUUACUACGGGCCUCGCGAUAUCAACCUUGAGGCAGAAAACUAUGUGGGCUUCUCGGAGGUGAAAGUGUCCGCAGAACAAGGACUCGACUUAUGGUCGGACAAUGUGAAUUGCCUUCAAGAGGCUUCAGAGUCAGUAGCUCCGGCAGAAUACCCCGACAUCUCAGAUAACUCAAGGACAAAUAUGACACAUUCAAGUAGCCGGUUUUCCGAGCUAUCUGCUCGCCUUGCCAACCUAGUUCGCGAUUACUUGCCUCGGUAUCUGGGGCCUGUGCCCACUCUCAGCUCCAUUCUUGACCUCGAGCCUCACGAUGCAAAGACUGAACAACAGAAACUUGCCGCUUCUUCUUUACUGAAAACGAUGGUUACUGCAGCAGAGACGGCCAUGACAACUACUGCGAGCCUUGAAUCCGGUCGUCAAGUGAAUAGAGCCAGCAUGGAUCAGGCUGACAAGUCUACGACCUUCAACUAUUGGUUGUCUCUCAACACAAAUGGUCGAAUUCUGGAGCCUCCAGCUCAACAGCGGGGAUUGGAGAGGGCGGGAUCAGCGGCUGGACUCGGAUCAUCGUCAAGACAACCACUGUCGCGCACCUGUCGCACUGGCUUGGCUGGAAACUUGGGACAACGUAUGUGCUGCAGGCAAGAAUGCCCAAUUUUUACGUCCAUACACACAGAUUUGUAA